AUGGCUGGAAUACCUUCUACAAUGAAGGCCUGGACGGUUGAGAUAGGUCAGCAUGAAGCCAAAUGGUGUGAAGUACCAGUACCGAAGCCGGCCCCCGAUGCUGUCCUCGUCAAGAUUCUAGCCAUGGGAGUAUGUCACAGCGAUUGCUCCAUUCUCAGUCUGCCAGACCUCCCGGUACCUUCAUGGAAACGAAGCUUCAUCAUGGGUCACGAAGCAAGCGGCGAGGUAGUACAACUUGGUUCUGCGGUCUCUAAACAUCAAAUCGGAGAUAUUGUCACGUUGAUGUGCUGCCCCGGCUGUCAGGUUUCGGAUUGCCCAGAAUGUACUAGAGGGUUGCAGAGGAUAUGCACAACCGCCGAGACGUACGGUCUGGGGCGCGACGGAUUCUUCACAGAAUACGCCGCCGUCAAGGAAUGGGCUGCGGUGCCCGUACCAAAAGGCGUUUCACCCUCAGCUGCAGCCAUCGCCGCGGAUGCCGUGCUUACAUCCUACCAUGCAGUCAAAGGUCUUGCAAAGGUACAGCCACAUGAGACGAUCCUCAUGUACGGUUUGGGUGGUGUCGGUCUGAACGGAUUGCAAGCGAUGAUGCAUCUCGGACCAAAGCGGGUCAUUGUGGUCGAGAAACGUCAGGAGCUCCUAGAUGAGGCCAUCAAGCUUGGUGUCCCGGCCAAAGAUGCAUUCUGCCCGUCGGAAGAAACCAAGGUCGAAGACUAUCUUUCCGCCCAGAAGAUUGUGGUAGACACCGCCGUCGAUUUUGUUGGCGCCGACUCGACUUUCGCAAGCGCCCAAAUGUCCGUCCGCUCCGGGGGUACGGUGGUGCUAGUAGGCAUGAAUAGUUUCUCGUUGCCCGUCAACACGUUCAUCGCCAUGUCAAAGGAGCUGAAAAUCCUCUGCUCCUGGAACGGAACCCACACUGAGCUUAGGGAAGCCUUGGAUUUAAUGGCAAAGGGUGUCAUCAGGCCGCAAAUCACCACAGACAACAUACGUACUAUGCCUCGAGUGCUGGAGGACUUGAACCAAGGAAAGAUCAAGGGGAGAAGAGUAUUGCUUCAUUAAGUCAAAUACAUUCUCU